UUUUUUUUUUUUUUUUUUUACAUAGUACAAUUACUUAACGACGAGUAUGGAGCAAUGUCACCUGGUUCUUUGGAAGCGCAGGGUCUUAUUUCAGCCUCUGAAUAUCAAAAAGUUGCAGCACUUACGCAAUCUGCUAGUCCAGACGCCCAUAAAAAAAUUGCAGGUAUAUUGGCUAAGAUGAAGGAAGGCGCAGAAAACGUACAUACUAAGAUUCAGGCCAAGGUGGAAAGCGUUGGCCUCAAGCCGUCGACUCUCGACGGCAAAGGCGACAAUUGGAACAAUAGCGAGGCAACGAAGAACAAUUUGAAACGGAACGGGACGUUUAGCGAGCCAAACGCAACCAUGGAAGUUGCUCAGCUUAUAUUGAGUUUGUUGCACGCUUGGGGUAUCGAUCCAGACUUGGAUCGCGUUUGCGAAGGAAAGUUGGGCUUAUUGAGACCCAUGGUUCCCGUCUCGUUUGGCGUAUUGUCGAAAGGAGGUUACAUGUCGUUGUUACUACCAACUUGGCAAACGCAGUUAGAACCGAUUGGCGAACCUGCAACUCAGUUGGAGCAACGUUUGCCAGUCGAGUUAGUUAGACAGGAAAGACUUACCAGAGCGUUCACAGCAAGGGCACAUUGGGAAUUAUCUACUACGUUAACUAGCAAUCAUUUAUUAGCAGUGGUAGCACUAGCAAAUACCUUAAUGUCGAUGAACAAUGCCACUUUUGUACCUGAACAAGAACGAAAUCGAAAAAUGCAUAGGCCUGGCAAUAGAUCGACGGUUAAUUGGAACAAAGCGGAAGAAGAAAAUGAGGAAAUUUAUACAGCGCAACAAGCGCAGAUCAAGCAAGGCUGGUCCCUCUUGGCGACGUUGCAUUGUGUACUCUUGCCCGACAAGAUAGUCUCGCAAGGUGGCGUUAAAACGUUUAAACGACCUCAAGUUGAAAUGAUGGCUCGCAGAUGGCAACAUCAAUGUCUCGAGAUUCGCGAAGCUGCUCAAGCUUUACUCCUGGCUGAAUUGGGGAGAAUGGGUCCAAAAGGAAGGAAAACGCUGGUAGACAGUUGGUCGCAGUAUUUGCCAAUGUAUAGCACUCAAGAGCCCAUCGUGUCGUCGCAGUCGCAGAAUCAAAGCCCACCGACUUCUGGUAGUCCAGUUCCUCCGUCCGAAUCGCACGCAGAGGAGGAGGACGAGGAAGAGGAACUGGUCGAAGCAGAAAUAAACGUAGUUAGGAAACCAUCGAGCGUGGCGGAACUGAAACGAAAGCAGACGACGGCAGUCGUAUUGCUGGGAGUGAUAGGCGCGGAGUUUGGGCAAGACGUCACCACUACGAGUCAGAAGAGAGACAACGAACAGAGACGAAAGAGUUCGAUCGUGGAAGGUUUUGGAAUAGGAAAUAACAAUCUUGCCAGGCACACUAGUAUGGCGCUCACGCACUUGUUGCACGCACCUCACUCUCCGAAAUUGCCUUUGCACACGGCAUUGCGAAGAGCCGCGAUUGAUCUUAUCGGCAGAGGUUUCACCGUCUGGGAACCGUAUCUCGACGUAUCGAAAGUGUUGCUGGGAUUGUUAGAAAUGUGUUGCGACGCUGACAAGCUAGUACCAAACAUGACGUACGGCCUUCCACUUACGCCUCAAGCCGACACCUGUCGUACAGCCAGGCACGCUUUGACUCUGAUAGCUACCGCUCGACCUGCGGCAUUCAUUACCACGAUGGCGCGAGAAGUAGCCAGAUACAAUACGUUGCAGCAAAACGCGCAAACGUUGAAUGUAAAUAUGGGCGCGAGCGUCUUGGUUAGAGCAAAACCGGAAAUACUUAGGAUCGUCGAACAGUUGAUUGAUAAAAUGCAAAGCGAGAUGAGCGAUCUGUUGGUCGAGGUCAUGGAUAUUAUUUUGCAUUGUCUGGACCCGGGUCAUCUCAAGACCAAACCAUUGAACGACGUGUUCCCGGCAGUAUGUAGAUUCAAUCAAGUAAGUCACUGUCCGACGACACGCAGAAUAGCGGUAGGUAGUCGCAAUGGUCAGCUAGCUUUGUACGAACUACGAGGCAACGUUAAAUGUCAAACAGUGUCUGCGCAUGUUGCGCCCGUAACUGCGUUGGCGUUUUCACCCGAAGGCAAGUUCCUGGUUAGUUAUUCCUGUACGGAAAAUAAAUUGUGCUUCUGGCAGCAAACGAGUAGUGGCAUGUUCGGCCUAGGGAACUCUCAAACACGUUGCGUGAAAUCGUAUAGCACCGCACCGAUCAACGACGUAGCGCGACUGAAUCCUAUGCGACUAGCUCGAUUGAUAUGGAUAAAUAACCGAACAGUUACGCUGAUGCUUGCUGACGGAUCAGAAACGCGAUUUAACGUAUAAACUGUCCCCCUUCCUGUCUUAAUAUAAUGGACGAAUAAAGAUAAAAAUUGAACAGUAUAUUAAAUUGGGAUCAGCCUACAGCAGAAAUACGGAAUAACUGUUUUAAACGAGAGAAAUAGUCGAAAGUGAUGUCGUGAUGAUUGGUGCGCUUAUUGGUACUUAAUAGUACUAGUGCUAAGAUAAUUGGAGUAUACUCAAAUGAAGUUUAUCGUUGCACGACGCAGGAUACGACUUGGCGAUUAUUGGUAUUGGAAAAUUUCUUCAAUUUCUUUUUUUUCCUAAUUAAUUUCUUACGUUUCUGUUUCUCUUUAUUCCACGCGAA